AACCAAUCAUUCCACUGGAAUAUAGUGUAAAUUAUGGAACGGCUUUGUAUCAAACGCAUACCGCAACGGAAAGAAAGAAAAAAAAGAAGCGUUUGAGUGCGGAGGGAGGGAGCUAAUCAAAUCCCUAAACCCGAAAUAUAACCUAAGAGAGAUCUUUUUGAUCAAACGAAGAUCAGAAACGGUAGGAAAGAAGAAGACGAAGAUGUUACCCACAACUUCCAGAUCUCGCUCUUCUUCUUCGUCAUCCCGAGCUAACCCAAUGUUCCUUCAGUAUUUUCGUCGCAUCGUCAAGUGGCAACAAAUGGAUAUUGAAUAUACUUUCUGGCAAAUGCUUAACCUUUGUACAUCUCCCAAAGUUGUCUAUCAACAAACUAAGUAUCACAAACAAACCAAAAACCAAUGGGCUCGUGAUGACCCUGCUUUUAUUGUGAUCUGUAGCCUGCUUCUCAUUGUUGCAACUUUAGCCUACUGUGCCACGUAUGACCAUAGUGGUUCUCAUGCUGUCGUCGUAGUUGUAUCAGUUUUCCUUACUCAUUUCUUAAUCACGGGAGCAGUUAUAGCUACAUGCUGUUGCCUUGUGAAGAUCGCUCUUGCAAGAAUCUUACUCCUUUUGUAUAGUUUCCGUCGUAGUCAUACCAUUACAGUGUUUCUGACGAACUCUUACCUGCGUGAGGAAGCUCCAAACAGUCAUGUGGUGGAACAACGCGUUGAAUGGCUGUAUACAUUUGAUGUUCACUGCAACUCCUUCUUUCCAAUGUUUGUGCUACUCUACGUCGUUCAUUAUUUUCUAUCACCACUCCUGAUAACUCACGGAUUCAUCCCUCUACUGCUAACGAAUUUGCUUUUCAUGGUCGGGGCUUCGUAUUACCAUUAUCUUAACUUCCUAGGAUAUGACGUGCUUCCAUUUUUGGAACGAACAACGUUCUUCCUCUACCCAAUCGGGAUCGUGAUUGUCCUGUCUCCCAUCUUGAUCUUAAGUGGAUUCAACCCGUCCAAAUAUUUCAUGAACAUGUACUUUAGCCAAAGGUUAUGAGAAAGCAAGCCACACCAGUUGAAUCCUAAGUCUGCACAUACGUUAUCAUCAAGCAAGGAAGAAGAAGAGAGUAUGAGUUCUUUUUUCUUUUUUUACCCGUAACAGAACAGAUCAUCUUAGUGUUCAGUUUCUGGUACCACUUCUUAAUAGAACCAGUUUAACAUUUUUUUUUCUAAACCUGACCCUAUUUAGCAAGACUUCUGUUAAAUGUAGUGUUUUUAGGGGCAUCUUCCUAUAUUGUUUCCUUUCAAUUGAUGGUAAUUUUUAUAUGUUACGUGUUGAGAUGGAUCUUUGGUUUCGUUGGGCA